GCGUUGCACCCACAACCACCGGCGACCAGCGGCGUCGCAAUGGCAGUGAUCGCCCACUUGGAGCCAUAAUCGCGUGGUGUUUCGACUCGCGAACCUUGCCCGGGCGCCGUCAUUGGAUGUAGAUUAUCACAGAUAGGGCGCUACCUCUGCACGGCCGUUUCAGGGAGCACAUCCCGACAGAAAGAGGGGAAGUCGAUCAGGAGAAAGGUAAGUGGACAUCGGCACAUGCACGCGGGCGUCUCACAGCGACGUGACAUCGACUCUAUUAGGCCCGACUUCCAGCGAGCUAUUCUCCGGACGAACACCACAGGUGCCGUCGAUCGGGAUCCCUUGUGUGAAACGCUGGGUUGGGGCAGCUUGCCAGAAUCCGAUGCGCCGUUCCUGCCGUAUCCGCAACACGUGCGCAAUGCGUCAAACGGCGCACAUCAACAUCUCGCCAAUUCUCACCUCUUCGGCCUGACGAUCCGUUCGCCUCAUUUCACCUCUUCGCGGCCAUUUUACGAAAUACUCACCGUCCCGUCCAACUGCAAUCAAGUGGCGGCCCGACAGUUUGGAUAUUCACGAAUUACUCACACCCCCUGCCGUUUAGCCUAUUCAGUGCGACCCCGAACGGGCAGUACGCCCUGCCCGCGUCGGUUCGGAUGGCAGCCUCGUUUGACCAGUUCACCGUACAUCAAUGGCCACUACACCAGGCUACGGAGAUGGUUUUCUGGACCCGUUCUCAGUGACUACCUCCUUUCACGGGCAUCAAUACUCUCAAUUCGCAUGGAGCUGGGCCAAGCGUGCAGAUCUAAUACUGGGCUUCUUCGUAUUGGGGCGGUUACGAGCCCUUUUACACGUCAUUCACCAUCCUUGGUGAGUACAACAGUGAAGUCGAUAAGUAAGAAUUGGUGGCGAGAGAGCGCAUGCAACCGCUUCCUACGAACAUGGGUGAGAGGACAGCAGUCUCUUCUAAUCUUAGAACUCGGCUUAGUCAUGUUCUUGUCUCUUGGGUCGCCGAGAAUACAAAGUAUGCUCUUCUUCAAGUGUGCCUUCAGUACGCCUGUUCCAUAGCCCAAGACACGAACUCCUCGAUUUUUACCUGGCCUCACUGCAGCUAGGUUCUAGACUGAACCUCUCGGUUCACGCAAGACUAUCAUUCUCGGCCCGUGCCUGUACAGACGUAGCCGAAGGCACAUCCCGCGGGCCACGUUCAGGCACAGUUUCGUAAGUCUGACGUUAUACGCCCUCCACCAGGCCUCAUAACGUGGACUCAAUCCAACCUUCUUCUACUAGCUCUUUGCAGAGCUACAGUUGCGUUUCAUGAAUAUGCCUCGGGUUUCACUAACAAUACAACGGCAUGGUGGGCAGUUGUAAACAGGUGGGAGCACGUUUACAUUCAUCACACAGAUCGGCACUCCGCGGAGGGAUCUGGACCC